AUGGAUGUGAUUUGGAUUCUUUCAUUAUGGUUGUUACUCUCGUCUGGAGUGCUUUCAAACGGGAUGAUUGCAAAUGUUUCUUCAAGACCAGCUGUCGUUAAGGUUGGAGCUAUUUUUGCUAUGGACUCUACAAUAGGAAGAGUUGCCAAGAUUGCUAUAGAGGAGGCUGUUAAAGAUGUGAAUUCUAAUUCGAGUGUCCUCAAUGGGACUGAACUUGUGGUGAAAAUUCAUGAUUCCAAGUGCAAUGGAUAUAUUGGCAUGGUCGGAGCCCUGCAAUUUAUGGAGACUGAUAUUGUUGCCGUAAUAGGCCCACAAUCUUCAGUGGUUGCGCACACUAUACUGCAUGUGGCAAAUGAACUCAAAACUCCUUUCUUGUCAUUUUCUGCAACAGACCCUACUCUCGCUUCUCUUCAAUUUCCUUAUUUUGUAAGGACAACACAGAGUGAUAUGCACCAGAUGAUUGCAAUUGCUGAAAUUGUUGAGUAUUAUCGUUGGAAGCAAGUAAUUGUGAUUUACGUUGACGACGAAUAUGGACGAAAUGGGUUGUCUGCAUUAGAUGAUGCACUCGCAGACAGACUUUGUCGAGUUUCCUAUAAAGCAGGGAUCCCUCCAGGAGAUGUCCGUCGGAUUGUCAUCAUGGAUAUUCUUGUCAAGGUUGCACUAAUGGAGUCUCGAGUUAUUGUUCUGCAUGCAUAUCCUGCAGCAGGGUUCUUAGUAUUUUCUGUGGCACGGUAUCUUGGAAUGAUGGGUGAUGGCUAUGUUUGGAUGGCUACAGAUUGGCUUUCCUCUGUUUUGGAUUCCUCUUCCCCUUUUCGCUCACAGACCAUGAUGGAUACUAUGCAAGGAGUUCUUGUUUUGCGGCAACACACUCCAGAUUCUGAAAGUAAGAGAGAAUUUUCAGCUAGGUGGAACAAAUUGACUGGUGGUUCUUUAGGGCUAAAUUCAUAUGCACUCUAUGCUUAUGAUACUGUUUGGUUGGUUGCUCAUGCUAUUGAUUCAUUUUUCAAUCAGGGUGGGGUUAUUUCAUUCUCUAAUGACUCGAAGUUGCAAGCUUUCAAAGGGAAUAAACUUCACCUUGAAGCCAUGGUCAUUUUUGAUGGAGGUCCACUCCUGCUGAAGAGCAUAUUGCAGAGUGAUUUUGUAGGAUUGACGGGACAAGUCAAGUUUAGUCCUGAUAGAUUAAUCGUCUCUCCUGCAUAUGAUAUCAUAAACAUCGUUGGAACUGGUCUUCAUCAAAUUGGUUACUGGUCAAAUUAUUCUGGGCUUUCAACUGUGCCUCCUGAGACUCUAUAUUUAAGCCCUCCUAAUCGUUCAAGUGCAAACCAACAACUAUAUGGUGUUAUUUGGCCAGGAAAGACUGUAAGAAAUCCUCGUGGAUGGGUUUUUCCUAAUCAUGGGAAGCAAUUGAGAAUUGGUGUACCCAAUCGGUUUAGUUACAAAGAAUUUGUAUCCCAAGUUCCGGACACUAAUAUAUUCAAAGGAUUCUGCAUAGAUGUAUUUACGGCUGCAGUAAACUUUCUGCCAUAUGCUGUUCCAUAUCAAUUCAUUCCGUAUGGAGAUGGCCAUAAAAAUCCAAACUACACCGAGAUUGUGAAUUUAGUCACAACAGGAUUCUUUGAUGGGGUUGUUGGUGACAUUGCCAUCGUGACAGAUCGGAAAAAAAAUAUAGACUUCACACAACCAUAUGCUGCAUCUGGACUUGUUAUAGUCGUCCCAGUUACGGAGUUGAAUACAGGUGCUUGGGCUUUCUUAAGACCGUUUUCUCCUGCACUAUGGGGCGUUACUGCUGCUUUCUUUCUUUUUGUUGGAAUAGUUGUAUGGGUUUUGGAGCACCGAAUUAAUGAUGAGUUCCGCGGACCACCAAAGAAGCAACUUAUAACCGUUCUAUGGUUCAGCCUCUCAACCCUAUUUUUUUCACACAAAGAGAGACCGAUAAGUACUCUUGGGCGUAUAGUGCUGAUAAUAUGGCUUUUCGUUGUCUUAAUAAUUAACUCAAGUUACACUGCUGGUUUGACCUCUAUCCUCACAGUUCAACAACUCUAUUCUCCUAUCAAAGGAAUCGAAAGUUUAAAAGAUGGUGAUGAUCCUAUUGGAUACCAAGUGGGUUCUUUUGCAGAAAAUUAUCUGACCAAUGAAAUUGGUAUUCCAAAAUCCAGGCUUAAGGCCCUUGGAUCCCCAGAAGAGUAUGCCAAGGCACUUCUAGAGGGUCCGAAAAAAGGAGGUGUUACAGCAGUUGUCGAUGAACGUCCAUAUGUAGAGCUUUUCUUGUCAAGCCAUUGCAAGUUCAGGAUUGUUAGUCAGGCAUUCACCAAAAGUGGCUGGGGUUUUGCAUUUCCUCGGGACUCCCCCUUGACCGUUGACUUAUCAACUGCAAUUUUAACACUAUCAGAGAAUGGGGAUCUCCAGAGAAUCCAUGACAAGUGGUUGAGGAAAAGCUUGUGCACUACAGAUGAUACCAAGAUUGAAUCAAACCGUCUCCACCUGAGAAGCUUCUGGGGCCUAUUUCUUAUGUGUGGGAUAGUCUGUUUUCUUGCUUUCGUGAUAUACUUGUGGCAGAUUAUUCACAAGUAUCGGGAAGCUGUCUCUGUUGAAUCUGCUUCUAAUGGACAGGCGACUCUGCACUCCUGCUCUCAUUCAGGCAACUCUGCAUCCGCUCUCGCAAUCCCCGUGCGUAAAAAUGUCGACUUGCAUGCAUUCCGAAUAGCACUCUAUCAUGCAAUGCGCAUUUGUAUUUCUCUCCGCCCCUUCUGCCAUUGCCAUCAGCACAAAUGCGGACAUUAUGAAGGCGAUAAACAGAAUCCUAUUAUUGGCGGCCAUUGUGUGCUUGCCUGA